AUGGGAUGGAUCUGCAGGUACCCCACUGAUGAAUACAAUAGAAUAUGGAAACCAAUGAUACCAACUGGCCUGAUUCCGGUAGUGGCAGAUUUCUAUUCCCUAUACUACACAACUGUUGAGUAUCCUCCCACAUCUGCAAUAAUCCAAGCGGUCAGAGCUCCGAACCCAACAGACACGAUCAGUUUGCAGUUCACGUUUAGCAAAACCAAUACCCUCAACCAUGUUGUUGUGUAUUUCACAGAAGUUGCUUUCAAUAUUAAUGAAACUAGAUCCUUUGAUUUUUAUGUGAACAACAAGUUCAUGGUAACAAUCAGGCCAGAGUAUGAGAAUUGUACUGAUGCAUGGGCCAAUGCUCCAACAGUGGGUGCAAUGGAGGUUGAGCUCCGGCCACCUAUUGACUCUGUUCUUCCUCCCGUUAUCAGUGCCAUUGAAGUGUACACGGCGAGUGAUCCUCUGGUCACCAUUGGAACAUCACAGGAUGAUUGUAAGUUCUUUGUCUUCGUAUUCAUGGGUUUUGCAUAUAUAUAUGUUGAUGAUGUGAGUUUGCGGUUUGUUCAAACAGUGGAUGGACUGGCAGUCUUGAUAAGCACCUUUGAGCAGCUUGAGGGGUGGAGUGGGGAUCCAUGUCUCCCUAGUGACACCAUAUGGCAGUGGCUGAACUGUAUAGGCAAUGACCCUCCAAGAGUAACCUCCCUAAAUCUCUCAGGGUAUGGACUGGAUGGCUCUCUCCCUGACUUCAGCCAAAUACAGGCUCUUGAAACCAUAGAUCUAGGAAAUAACAGUCUCGAGGGUUCAAUUCCAGAUUUUCUAGGAAAGCUGCCAAGUUUAAAGCUGCUGAUCAAUGGGAACCCAAGCCUACAUCAUCACAAGGGAAAAAACUUGGGUCUUAUAAUUGGCUUGACCAUUGGAAUACCUGUAGGACUAAUACUGGUGUUUGCUCUUGUUUAUUUCCUAACACGAAAAAAGCCAAUGUCUGGCCACGGACAAGUUACAAUAGGAUUGGGUAUGAGUCAAGGUAAUGGGACUGCUCAGGGAAAGCCUCAAGAGGAAAAUAUUUCAGUGAGUGCAAGCACAGAGGGCCUGAUUAAGCCAUCACAGACUAACCAGAAUGUUAUGGCAAUGCCAACAGGGGAAAAUGUUUCAUGGGCAGGGAAUGCUGGAAACGGGCAUAUUAACCCAAUGCCUGCUGGAGAACACAUUCCAGUAAGUACAGGCCCUGGAAGUAUUAAUCAUCCAUCCGAGGUUCCUGCAGGCAUAGACAGGGCAGAGCUUGAUGAGCUGAUUCGGUUGCAACAUGGAAACAUGGGACCUCAUGGAAGAGCAUAA